UAGAAUUUGAAGCAAGACCUGUUCACAUUAGUAAAAACAAAUAUAUAGAAAGAGGAAAGAUUGAAGCGGAAAACGGGACAAGACGGGUGUGCCGUUGUGGAUGUUGGGGUUGGGUGUGGACCGGCUUCAAGCCGACAUCAACCGGCUCCUAGCCUCUCUUUUCCACCAGGGAGUGCUGGACGAGCAGUUCUUGCAGCUUCAGCAGCUUCAAGAUGAGACUUCACCAAACUUUGUGUAUGAUGUCAUUAAUAUCUACUUUGAUGAAUCCGAGAAGUUACUCCGCAACCUUAGAUUAUUGUUGAUGGAUAGAGAAUUCUCGGACUAUAAGAAAAUAGGAUUACACCUGAAUCAGCUGGUGGGAAGCAGUUCAAGCAUUGGUGCUCGUAGGGUUCGUAACGUCUGCGUUGCCUUUCGUUCUGCUUCCGAGCUUAGCAACCGCCCAGGGUGCUUGAGAGGACUGGAGGUAGUAGAGCAUGAGUAUCAUUACCUCAAGAACAUGAUGCAUGAACUCUUCCAGGUACUUACUUGUUUUGUUAAUAUAUUACUCACAUUCACACAAACAGAAGGCAAAAACGUGAGCUAAAUAUACACAUAUAUAUUGAUAGUAAUAUAUGUUAACAAUUAUGUGGGAUUUAAUAUUUUGAGUGGUUGCAGCUGGAGCAGCAGAGAAUAUUAGCUGCAGGAGUCAGAUAUCCAAUGUAAAAUUAGAAUUUUGUCAUAAAAAUCAGAGAAAACCUAAUUAGUGUGUGAUGAUAGUGUGUUAUAAGCUACCGAAGCGAAACCCUUUAGUUUCUUCUAAUGAUGUUUUGUUGUUAAUCUCUCCAUAAAUUCGAGAUACAUUACCUUUUGUAUUUUCAAGUGAGAUUUACCCAUGUCAAAAGUAUCUUUACAUGAACAUAAAACAUUUAGUACCCAAAAAAACAGAAAAAAGAAACUGGGCUAUAAAAUGACCGACAGAAACGGAAGAAAG